GAUACUAAUUAUUUUAAAAUCUUUUAUAGUGAACUUUGGGUCCCCUAGGGUUUAGGCCACUGUCGUCUUCUUCUUCCCGGAAAAUGGCAGCGAUCCUAAAGCAGACGACUAAGAUCGCCGGAAAAUUGUUGAAUCCUAAAUUGUUAUCAGCAACAGCCGUUAGUGGGACUCGCUCAAUCUUCCCACGCGCCACCGUCAGUGGCGGUGCCGUUCGGUUUGUGUCGACAUCAGGUUUCAGCUACCUAGAGAAGAAAACAGCUCCUCGGCGAUUGCCGGCUGUUUACAAUUACCUUCUUCAAGCAGAUGAACGAACUCAUUCUACCGGAAAUGAACCUAUUCCGAAAAUUACCCUAAGUCAUGUUUCUGUGAGCUUUGCGGGAUAUGUUGACACUAGAAGUCAUACAGAAGAUACUAAUACAGCGAGCACAAAGGCUAAGAAAAACACGCCUAUCAAGAAGAAAGGGAAGAAAGGAACUCAGAAGCAAAAUACGAGCACACCAAACAAAGCUCGUAUGAGAAGUAUUAACACAGCUGGCACAAAAAUUAUUAUGAAGCUUGAUGUGAAAAAUGCUCAUUGGUUAAGUGAAAGAGUCAGGGAGAGGAUCAUGCUCAUGGAAAAGACUCGGAUCAAGGAUGGGGAGCUUGUGCUUACUUCCACUAAGACUAGAAAACAAGAGAAUAAUUUUGAAGAUGUUUUGGCCAAAAAGCAGAAAGUGCUUGGGAAAUUUCAGGAAAUAAUUAAUGCUGCUUCAUAUGCUCCGCUACCACCUUCUGACGGGCUUGUGAAAAAGAUUUCCAAGUUGGCUGUUAUGGGGAAGGAAAAUAAUUUUGCAUGAGAAGGAAGUCUAUGUGAUAUAAAAAGAAAGCUCGCGGAUGAUGGAUUUGUGAAAUCAAAAGUUUACUGAAGAAACUCUGGUUUGUAGUUUCUUCUGCUGUUGAUUAUAAUUCAAAAUUUGUGGAUGAAAGGGUCCAUGUGCUAGAUGACAGGAGGCAUAUUUUUUGUUUCUUUUAAUCCACAACUGACUCGAUGACACUUUCAAAGACGUCGUGUAUUAGCAUCUACCAUUUUUCAUAAGAUAUGGUUAUGUUAUUCUCAUAGGCUGUAACCACAAAUAAUCCAUUGUUUCUAAGAACAUGAACUUCUAGGACACAGAAAAUUUGAGGUAGAUGUGGUUGACAGAUUGCACAGAGUUCUUUUGAGUUAACUUAACAUACUAUGUGUUUAUAUUUUGUGUCUAGCGCGUUCAAAUUAUGUGCCCCGAACAUGGAUACUAGUAUGUCAACACGAUGAAAUUCGAAAAUUUUGGGCAAGAACUGAAGUUAUAACUUAUCUGCUGCUAA